AUGUCGUUGGCUCGUCAAAACUAUCAUGAUGAGGUCGAGGCUGCCGUCAAUAAACAGAUCAAUGUUGAGCUAUACGCCUCAUAUGUCUACCUUUCUAUGUCGGCUUACUUUGACCGUGAUGACGUGGCACUUCCAAAAGUCGCCAAAUUCUUCAAAGAGCAAUCAGAAGAGGAGCGUGGACACGCCACGGAGCUCAUGAGAAUCCAGAAUGUUCGUGGUGGGCGUGUCGUUUUUAACGACGUUCAGAAGCCAGAAAAAGAUGAAUGGGGUACUGUACUCGAAGCUUUCGAAGCUGCAUUGGCUCUUGAGAGAAUGAACAACACAUCACUUCUGAAACUACACGGAGUUGCUGAGCAACGUAACGAUGCGCAUUUGACUAACUACAUUCAAGGGAAAUAUUUGGAAGAGCAGGUUCAUUCCAUCAACGAGUUUGCUGGAUAUAUUGCCAGACUCAAGAGAGCUGGUCCUGGACUCGGAGAGUAUCUUUUUGAUAAGGAGGAGUUCUCGGAUUAG